AUGAGUUUUAGCGAACACGUUCGUCAGGUACCUGGGUUGAAUGUCCAUAAUGCAACCGAACACAGGCCAAAGCAAGAAACAGUCCAAGCAGAUGAGGACGACAAAAACGACGAUAACCAGUCCACUAAAUCUAGCGACUCGGCUUCUUCGACCUCCACAAUUCGAUACUCACAGGAACCCUGGAACACUUUUAAAGAUAAAGUUACCCAAUUAGCCACACAACUCUUUCCCGACGUCAAAGACAUCGAUAUCGAGCGCUUGCCUGGCGGUAGUUCAAAUCGUGUCGUCGGUAUUAGCGUUGCACAGGCUAGUCAUCAUUAUUCGUUUCUGAAUCAUGCGUAUGACUUCAUACGUACGAUUUGUGGACAUCCGGCAGUGACUCAGAAGAUGAAGACUGACCGUUACAUCCUCCGCAUUCCACGAUACGGUGAUGAGCAUAUGGAGCGCGAUAUUGCCGUCUUAAAACUCAUUGGCUGUCAGAAACAAUACCCUGUCCCUAGGGUUAUUCGGCAUGAUAUGACGGAGGACAACGCACUCGGCGCUCCAUACACACUGCAACAUCGUAUACCCGGCCAAACCCUCCAUACAAUCUUUGGACAACUCAAUCAUGAACAGCGAAAAGAUCUGACGCGAAAAAUUGUUAGACUGAUGAUGUUCCUGCAGACGAUGCUGGUUUCUGCCUGCGCAGUCGUCACCGCCUACGAACCAUUUGAACAAGGACACGCCUUUCGGAUGGAGAUAUUAAGUAUACCCACAGAGCAUGACGAAGACGAGUCACCUACCGUUUUGCUCGCCAAACCACAAACAACCCUUGAAUUCAUCCUCGACGCCUGUCAGCGUUGGCAAGACUAUGAAAAGUCAUACUUGUGCAAGCCACGACCCUUUUGGGAUGAGUUUAUGGCGAUGGCCAGAGAGAUGCAUAAGCGCGAUCUCAUCCCAGACACUGACAAGUUUCACUUCACUCACAUGGAUCUAUACGCACGCAACAUCCUCGUCAACGUGAAGGACGAGAAUUCGAUUGAGAUCACAGGUGUCUUGGACUGGGAUGACGCUUUGUACGCGCCAAAGUACGUGGCUUGUCGCGCGCCAUUUUGGCUGUGGGAAGAUGAAGAAGGCUUGGACGAGAAUUGUGAGAAUGAGGCUUUAAGAAUUCCUGAAGAAACUGGGUCAAGGGAGUUGAAAGAGUUGUUUGAGCAAAUCGUAGGCAGCGAUUUUCUGCGGUAUGCAUAUGGACCAGAAUAUAUCCUGCUACGUCGCAUGUUCGUCCAACUGCAGUAUGGAGUCUCAGAUAAUGCGCAUUCGAGAGAAUGUAGGACUAUACUCGAGGAGUGGAGCAGGUUACGCGACAAACAUUAA